AUGAUGAAUAAAGAUCAAACGCUUGUUGAUCAGUGCGAGCAAGAUGUUGAAGAUGGUCUUUUUCAAGAUGUUGAUGUACUACAGGGUCACGGCAUAAAUGUGGCCGAUAUAAAAAAAUUAAAAUCCGCAGGAAUAUGUACGAUCAAAGGUAUUCAGAUGUCCACUCGAAAACGCUUGUCCAGUAUUAAAGGUUUCUCUGAAGCGAAAGUUGAUAAAAUAAAGGAAGUAUGCAGUAAAAUUGCGUGGCCUGGAUUUUUAACAGCACUUGAAGUCAGUGACUUACGAAAAUACAUUUUUAGAAUCAGCACAGGUAGUCAGGAACUUGACAAACUUCUUGGAGGAGGAAUAGAAUCAAUGGCAAUCACUGAAGCAUUUGGAGAAUUCAGAACUGGAAAAACUCAGUUAUCUCAUACAUUUUGUGUAGCAGCACAAAUGCCAGGGGAGAAUGGUUAUAUGGGGGGAAAAGUAAUAUUUAUAGACACUGAACACACUUUUCGACCAGAUAGACUAAGAAGUAUUGCCAAUCGUUUUAAUCUAGAUGAAACAGCUGUGCUGGAUAAUGUUCUUUAUGCAAGAGCAUACACUAGUGAACAUCAAUAUGAAUUAAUGGACUACAUCGCAGCAAAAUUCCAUGAAGAACCAGGUGUUUUUAAAUUGUUGGUAAUUGAUUCAGUGAUUGCAUUAUUUCGUGUAGAUUUUAGUGGGCGUGGUGAAUUGGCAGAGAGGCAACAGAAACUAGCACAGUUUAUGUCUAGGUUACAGAAAGUAGCUGAAGAAUACAACAUAGCAGUUUUCAUUACAAAUCAAAUGACAGCUGAUCCUGGUGCAACACUUACAUUCCAAGCUGAUCCAAAAAAACCUGUAGGGGGGAAUAUUCUUGCGCAUGCUUCAACUACUCGCAUUGCUCUCAGAAAGGGUAGGGGAGAGAAUAGAAUUGCAAAAAUUUACGAUAGCCCUGAUUUACCAGAGAAUGAAGCAACUUUUGCAAUUUCAGAGGGAGGAAUAAUAGAUGCAAAAGACUGA